AUGUCCAUCCGAACAGGAAAUAAAGAUGUGUCUCAAUCAGGCAAUAAGACGGACAAGCGCAUUGAAACAGCGUUAGACUUUGUUCGCGAUCUAUGCAAAAUCUUGUCGGGUGACCCAAGCGAUGCACCGGCAACAGACCAGCUGGUUGAUGAAAUCAACCAACAUGUCAAGAAACUUCGCAACCACACCCACAAGCACGGUGCCGGGGUCUCUGGCGACCCCGAGAUAGACCAGCAGGGUACCCGUCUAUGGAAUAUUUGCACUCGACUGCGCCGGGACUGCGAACCGACAAACAAGAGACUGAAGAGGCUUUAUCUCCACGGGCGAGUCCUUGCUUUCCAUUUACUUGUGGUUGCAAACCCAAUCAAAACGAGCAAGGCACAAGAUCUGAUCUAUGUGGUCAAACUGGCGCUCAAGACGGCGCGAGACUGUGUCGCAAGCUCCGAAUUUGAACUGGCCACAGGGGUACUACAAAAGGCCGCCGACUACAAAAGCGAUCUUCAGGAUCUUGCAUCAGGGCUUCUCAAGGAGGAAGUGGACGAAUGCAACUGUCUGGAAGUGGAAUACUUGAUUAUGAGAACGGCUCUAUCAUGGGCAGAUAAUCAUGUUGAUGUUGCCGAACACAUGUACACAAAGGCAGAGCGCCUUCGCCAGUACCUAACCCCCGACUACGCCGAAAAGCUGGCCGAUGUCCUUUACGAAAUCGGAAAGUCGCUCGCCUCCCGCAAUGACUUCCCUCUCGCAAAAAAAUGGUUGCAACGAGCAAACGAAAUUAUCAACUCGCCGAAUCUCGAGCAUCUGUCGCGCGAAGGACUCGAGCUCCGGCUGGCUAUCUUGCAAGCACUCGUGAGCGCCCUGCUAGCCACAGGCGCUUCCGCAGAUUUAGACAAGGCCACGAAGCUUGUCGAAUACAUCGAGUCAGAGAUGGGCAAUAGGCCAGUAGUGUCCCUCCUCAAACUCGAGGUGCUUCGGAAGACGCCCGCGGAGAUAUUUGACGAUGACGCAUACGCUGAUGUCUUGCGACGACUGCUCAAAGACGUCAACUCCUCUGACGCUGGGUUCAAGUUGAUCAUACACCAUAUAAGAAAACUACAUGACAAAAGUCCUGGCGCUGCCUGCGCGGUACUAGACGAUUUCACUCUCUCGCUACGCGGAGUUGACGAAAAUGUGUGGAUGGAGAAGGCGGUUAUCACGCGGAUGUGGAUGAUAACAAGCCAGAGAGACACAAACGAGACUAUCGACACUGUAAGAGGUGUUCUCUCAAACUUGACGAGGCCGUUGAGCGCAGAAGCUGCUGUUGCGGCGCAAGCGUUGAUAUGGAAGAAACUAGAGUCCAAUUACAGCCAAAGACAAUACGACAUAGCCGAGAACUGGUGUCGUUUGUCACUCCAUCACAUCUUUCAGAAUUGCGGACCCGGUAAUGUGGCAAAGCUGGAAAGGAAGUUGCUCCUUUGUGCGCUCGCAAGGAAUGAGAUGGGAGCAGCUAUAUCAGUCGUUCAAAAUCUGUCCAAGCAGAGUUGGCGAGAACCUAUGACUGCAUAUCUGGCAUUCAAAGUAGCUAUUCGAUGCGAGGACCGCAACCUGGCGGAACAAUGCAUUCAUAUCAUAGGCCAGGCGCCAGAACACGUCGACUUUCUGGGGGCUUGUAUUGCGGAAUCUCACAAAAAGGGAGACAUCUUCUGUGCCAUCGCCGCACUGAAGAAACUUCAGGAGAAUUACGAGUACAAAGAUCCCAGCCCGAUCCACCUACCAGCGCUUUUCAGAUGCUUGAUACGGCUCCUAAACAUAUUAGCCGAGAAGCCAGAUGAGCGGCAAGGCGAUUUCAUCAGCGACCUUUGCCGUCAGUUUGACAUUGUCGUGUAUGCCCUUGAGCGGCAGUCAAACGACCCCCAGACUCCAAAACUCUUCACCAUUGACGAACUCGAAUGGUUUAGCAGAAACGCCUAUAACCUCGCCCUAAAACAUACCACAAGCUGGGACCUCCGCUGCGUGGUGCGUCUACUAACGGCUUGUGUCAACAUCAUCAACCACUUCCCCUCCGACAUGCGAUCUCAAGUCGAAGUCACCCUCAAGGCUCUCUUCUCUCGCUUCAUCAUAGCUUCGGCCCUUGUUUCCUUUGCCAGAACCCAGGACAAUGUCAAGGAGCAACUCGAAGAUUACCAACUGAUGCGAAAACAUGUCUCGGCUUUUGACCGCCUGGUGCCUGAAUACCUGUCACGCUUGGAUGAGCAGUCGCGAGAGGACAUGGUGCGGAAACAUGCGACAUUGCUGACCUUCGACUUUGAAGCGGCAGUUGCGCUGGGUCAGUGGGAUGAUUUAGGAGGGAUUGUGCAGAGGGCAGUGCCGUGUCGAAAUGCUGUGGCAUUUCAAACUAUGGCGGACAGUCUUUUGAGGGCACAGGUUCCCGGGCAAGUGCUCUACUCAACUAUGCGAAAGCUCGUCAACGAAAUCUGGGAUCUGGAAAGCUUCGACGCUGUCAAGCUAGCCAAGUACACAAGGUGUCUGUUCCAGGCGACACUUACGCUGGAUGAUACGCUGGCUAUGAAGCUGCUUCAGGAGGCAUGUCGUAAGGCGAGGGAGUUGCAUGAGAGCGAUGCCCGUUGGCCGGAAGAAGAGCUAGAGUGGAUGGCAGCCACAGCUUUCAACCAUGCCAUUGACUUGUAUGGAGCCUACGAGCGAGAUCGAGCAAAGGAGUGGGGAUCUACUGCCAUCAAUCUGGCACAUUACUGUCCUGAUAAAAGCUUUGAGAGGAUGUUGCAAGAUAAGUUCAUGAGAUUGAAUUUUGAGGAUGACGAGAGGAAUAGGGGGAGAUGA